ACUAAAAAUUUUUUACAGAAAAAAAAACUGCUCUGGAGGAAACCAUAUCCAAUAACGUAAUUCCUAAUGAGAUGAUAACUUGUGAGCAGUGUGGAAAACCUGAACAUAAAUCUAAACUAAAAAAAAAAACGAUAUUGCUCUCCAGCUUGUGUGCGCCAAGCCAAAGUAUCUGUAGGUGAGCAAGUAAAUGAACUAAUUAUAGAUAGCGCUAAUGGACAAACAAAUACAAAAGAAUUAAAUAAUAAAUUGGAAACAGUAACUGCAAGCAACCGCGUUGCAAUAGGUGACGACAAAAUGCAAAUUGAAGUAUCAGUUGCUGCAACAGCAGUACAAAAUCUUAACAAUAGCAAUAGCCAGGCAUCUAAUAUAACAACAACUACUCAAAAUUUGUUACAGCCAAACGAUGUGACUAGUGCUUCUGUUAACGGCAUAGAUACGCCACAAAUGAUUAAUUGGACUGUUUCUGAUGUUUGUGAAUUUAUUAAAAAUUUACCUGGCUGCAGUGAUUAUGUUGAUGACUUUGAACAACAAGAAAUUGAUGGGCAAGCAUUAUUAUUAUUAAAGGAGAAUCAUUUAGUUAAUGCAAUGGGAAUGAAAUUGGGACCGGCGCUUAAAAUUGUUGCUGCAGCAGCUGCUGCAAAUACAUCUGCAUCAGCAACUACUGCCACUACUAAUAUAACACCUGAAAGAGAAGCACAGUAGAUAAAUAAAUGUGAGACGUAUUUGUAGUAUAUUAUAUUUAAUUUUCUUUGAGAAAGAAUUUUUUUAUUAUAAUUUC